CAUAUUUGUUAAGCGUCUAAAAAUUGAUAAGUUACUAUUGAAGAUUGAAGUUUUAGUCCAAUUGAAAAGAAACAUUUUAGGCUAAGCGAAUAAUUCUUUAUCAGCUAGGCCUACCUAGAUCUUUAAAUCUCAAAUAUUUAUUCUCUUACACUCUACUCAUUCUCAUGUUUUGCUGAUUGCUAAACAUCAGCUUUCCAAUUUGAUCAAUUAAAAAAAUCAAAAUAAUACUGCUUCGAAUAACAAGAGUAAGACAAAAUCAAUUAAUCCCUUGCCGAAUUGUAAUCGGUAUGGACGGGUUUAACGACAACUUCGAUGAAACAGAAGUCGAUCCAGCGGCGGAAUUUUUGGCCAGAGAACAAGAUGACCUUGCCGGGCUAGAGGAUGAAAUGAAACCAGCCGUUCCUACACCAGUUGUUAAUGGCGGCACCCACCUAGAGGCCACCGAAUCAUCGGGAAGUUUUGAAAUGAUCAAUUCGAUUGGGCAAAACGAAGUUGCCAGCAAUGACACCCCUACACCUGCUAAUGUUGUCACCAAUGGUCAAGACGCUGUUCUCUGUCCAACAUCUGCCAUUUCUUCUUCUUCUUCUCCACCUCCUCCCACUUGCUCUUCUCCUUCUCUCUCUUCUUCUGCUGCCGUCAACUGCCUUAACGAAGGUGGCGAGAGUUCGAGUGACGUCAUCAACAGUGCUGUAGGUCCUCAUGUCAACUCAUCACCUUUGAAAACGCCAGUCGUUCGCGAAGAGCCAGAAAAGAUAAAGAAGUGGAGAGAGGAUCAAAAGAAAAGCUUAGAAGAAAAAGAUUUAAAUGAAGAGAAGAAAAAAGAAGAGUUGAGAACAGCAGCAAAAUCGGAAUUGGAUGAGUGGUACAGGCAUCAUGAAGAAUUAAUAGCAAAAACAAGAGCAGCAAACAGGGAAUCAGCGAAAAACGCGGAGAAACAGUUUGUGGCUGAAUCGGGGGCGAUAGAGCCGGGUACCGAAUGGGAACGAAUCGCCAAGCUGUGUGACUUCAACCCGAAAUCGACGCGAACCAGCAAAGAUGUGUCGCGCAUGCGCAGCAUCAUCCUGCAACUGAAGCAGAACCCGCCACCCAAUCAGCAGCCGACCACAGCUAAGCAGGGCUAAUCACUGCCUCCUCAAUCAACACCUCCACACUAGUGAUUAGCAUCGAGUCUAUGUGUGCUGUCCUAUUAUUUGUUGAAAGUACAGGGGCUAGAGUUGGCCAUCUGUUUCUUUCUUGAAAUUGCAUUAUAUAUGUUGAGUUGAUGAAGCCUUUAAAUGUUUAUAAUAAGAACUUCAACACACAAGAAUGUCGGCUAUCUAUUUGUUUUCAUAGAUGUUGAAUCAAUGAAGUCUACAAACGUUUAUAAGAAUUUGAAAUUACAUUUAUUUUUCAUAGGGCCUACAUGUUGAAUCAAUUAAGUCUUCAAACGUUUAUGAUAAGAACUUCAACUCACAAGAAUGUCAACUAUCUACUUGUUUCAUGUAAUUGUAGAUUUUUAUUGAUGCUAAAUUGCAUUUCUUCUGGUUAAUGUUGUAUGGAUGGUGUCGAGAGGUAUUAAUGCUAACAUCUUUCAACGUCAUUAUUGAAGAAUCGGACUUAUGGUUGAGUUUCUAUUAUUUAUAAAUACUACAGUGUUUCAAGAAUGUUGGCUUUUUGUUGAAUAACUAUUGAAGAAUGGUUUUCAACAACACUAAAAUUGAUAAUUUAGUUGAUAGUGUUCUACUAUAUUGUGUAAAAAUUACUAUAUUUUGUGAAAAAUACAGUGUCUCAAGAAUAUCUGCUUUCUAUUUGUUUGUGGACAUUUUUGAAAUCGCAGAUUUUGUAUUGCUGUUGAAUCAGUAGUCUAGAAUUGUUGAAGAUACAAUUUUCAACGUCACUAUGAAUGUUAUUGAAAUUAAAACUAAAAAUUAUUGAUGAACAUGAACAGUAAUAUUCUGUAGUAACUAUAAAAUUAAUUUCAUACUUGGAGAAAUUUAUAGCUGAGUAUUCGAAUCUAUUUCGAUAAACUAUUCCAAAAUGUUAUACCAUAGACUCGAUGCCAAAAAUAUUAGUUGAAGCAUAAUUAUUGAAAAUAUCAGGAGGUUCUCAUUCAUCCAUCAUACGGUCGUGUCAUUGUAUAACGAUUGUAAAGUAAUAAAAUUAUCAUCUAGGAUUCGAUUGUUCUCGGAUUUAAAUUAAUAAUUAAAUAUUAUGAUGAUGUAUUUAGUUUGAAGAAUGUUCGAUAAAAAUAGUUGUAUAGGACACUAGACAAGUAUAGUGAGGCUUCAAUAUGUAGUUCGAUUUAUUGAAAAAAUAAUUGAAUCUGUGAAUUCAAUUCUUCAGCUUCUUUCAAAGUUCAAUUGUUUUGAUUAAAUUUGCAUUGUACCUAAGUUACAAAUAAGUAAAUGUAACUUUCAAACCAUUCGAAUAAAUCAAUACGUAAUCAAUUUCAAGUGUUUUAAACUAUUGUCAGAUAUUACUUUUUUAUAGUUUAUUAUCAUCACCACUUCUCUAGUGUCCUGAUAUUUUAUUUAAAUUUGAACUAAUGGUGUAUGUAAUGGAUUUAUAUUCUAUUAUUGUAUAACUUAUGUACUAUAUUUGCAUUACAUAUGCCUUAUAGACAGUAUAGAUAAAUUAUGCAUUGUUAUAUGAGUGCUGAAAUAAAGACCUCUAGUGUAAACAAUAUAAUAGUGUAUUGUCAUGUCAUUGUUAUAUAUUAUAAUAUAAACUAUAAAUAGUAUAACCAUAGAGAGGAAACUAUCGAAAAAAGCUUGUGAUCCGUAUAGGCAAACUUCUAUAAAAUGUCUUCUUUUUUCGUCCAAUCAAUUUCUUGGUAACGUAAUGUCAGGUUGUAUACCGAACAUAAAUCUAUGAUUGGCAUUUCCACUUGUUGAAGCCUUCCAGGCUUUACAUCAGAUAGCCUUAUUUAAUGUUGGUGUAUUUUACGCCUACCAAAUUCUACAAGCGGUCUGAAGUCUCGACGUCUUCAGCAAGUGGAAUAAAAUAUUUAUUCGCCAUUGCUGCCAAUCAUCGAUUCAUGCACUGGAAAUGAAGAGAUAUUUAACAUGCCAUUACGUUUCUAAUACGUUGUUUAUCAUAAUCUUUUCAUAUCCGCAUCAUAUUUGUGAAUGUUUUAUCUGAAGGAAAAUCUGUUUCAAUGAAUAAUUUAUCCUAUGUGUUAUUUAUUUUAAUGAAUUCAUCAUCAUUAAUACUGAAUUACAUCCAUUAUAAAUGAACAAUUGAGUCUUGCUAAGUGUUAUAAAAAUAAUAAUGUAACUAGAGUUUAUUAUUAAAGAUAUUAUUUAUUGAAAGUUAGGAUAUGCAUAAUUUUUAUUCGUUUCAAUUAUUGUAUAGAUGGAAAAAUGUUUUUUUAAACUGCGCAUUCGCUAGUUUCAAAUUGUUUCUAAUAUGUUUAAAUUGACUGAUUUUGUUUGAAAAUGUUUGAUAUUAGUCAAUCUAACUCUCUUUUCAGUUUAGUAGGUCAUGAUUCACUUUAAAAUUCUUAUAUACUUUUAUGUAGGACACUUAUACUAAGUUAACAAACAUAUCCAAUCUGUUAUCAUAUUAAAUUAUAAUGGAGUUAAAAAUGGGGAACCACUCCAAGUCUUGACAAUAUGUAUUACAAUUAUUAUAAUGAUCUAAGAUGCUUCAGGGUUUGAAUUUUUGUGCAAUCAAUAAAAAGUAAGUCGAAUAUCAAUAGGUUAAUAGUUGAUCAAACUUAACAGGCCGACUGUAAAUAAUAAGUGCUCCUUUCGUAUAUAAGUUUUCCUUGAAUUGUCAUUUUCUUUUUCAAAUAAGCUAUAUCUUGAUAACUGAUACAAUAAGUUUCUAUAAAAAAUUCUAUAAGCAAUUAUUAAUGCAAUAUGAUUAAACUAAUGUUGUGUAGGUCAUCCCAACAUUUUUAGUAAUCUUGCAAGGUUUCCAUUUUUUGAAAGUUUUACCGUUGAAUGGCUACGCUUCAAUAGGUUACAAUGGAAUGAACCUUAGGCUGUUUAUUGUAUAGUGUCUGUAAAAAAUCAGUCUACUGAAGUAUUCCACUUAUACCUAAGAUUAAAAAGGUUAUAGUAGGUAUACUAUUAAAUAUUCGUAUCGAACAAAUAUAAAAUUCUUCCAAAAUAGUAUUUGGUAUAGAAUUGCUUAGUGUAAUAAAAAAUGCUUACAUUGUAGCAGAAUUUUAUUGUUCAAUAACAUCUUGUUUUCUUUGGUAAAAAUUUACAACUACAUCAUAAGCCUUUGUAGAAAAUAAAGUGUUCCAAACAAUAUCGUAGAAUGGAUUUAUAAAAUUUGGCCAGUGAGUAAACUAGAUUUGAUGUGAGCUCUUGACAAAAAUUAAUUUAUACCGUACUCCUAUAACUUGUCACUUCUUGAAAAAUAUUUUAUCCGAUUUUUCAAAGCCUUACUACCUUGAUAAUUUUUUUAUUUAAAAUUCACAAAUUUGCUGUGUUUCCAUGACCUACAUAUUCCUCAUUUCAAUAAUUUGUUAAGGGCACUAUAUAUUGGAGUUAUUAGAAUGUAUCAGAUUUUUUUAUUGAUUUUGGUUUUUAAACAUUGGCUCUCUUUCUCUCACACACAUAAACACCUAUAGCGGUUAAAAAUUAGCUGUAUUAUACUGCAAUCAAUCCAUAUUAUUUAGUGUGCAAUUUCGAUUAUUUUUUUAUUGUGAGGUUAUUUGUAAAAUGUAAAUAAUAUAUAAAUGUAUUGAGGAAAAUUGUUGACUAUAGACCCACCCUGUUUCAUCCAACAUUCUUGUUAGGAAAAUUAUUUGAUAAGUUGCGUGCUAUGGAAUAUAGAAAAAACUCCAUAGUUUAGAGCCGGUUGAGUAUUAUAGUGUUCAUAGUUGCCUAUUAACGAGUUAAUAAAAAUGAAGAUGAUUGAAUUGACUCAAUGCUGUAAAUCAACUCCAAUACUAAACGUGCUGAAAGAGUUUAAUUUUGUAAAACAUGUAAAUCUGAUGACUAAUAAUCUCAUACAUUCCAAAA